AUGGCUGCAGCCAUGAAGUGGUGUAAGGCAGGAGCAGAGAGCAGCCAUUGCUGUGUCUGGCAGCAGGUAGAAAGUCUGUCUGAUAUUAAAACAGAAGAUACAGAGGGAGAAGAAGAGACACAUGUGACUGAUAUAAAGGAAGAAGAUAUAGGCGGAGAAGAAGAGACGUAUGUAACUGAUAUGAAGGCAGUAGAUAUAGAGGGAGAAGAAGAGACGUAUGUGACUGAUAUAAAGGCAGAAGAUAUAGAGGGAGAAGAAGAGACGUAUGUGACUGAUAUAAAGGCAGAAGAUACAGAGGGAGAAGAAGAGACGUAUGUGACUGAUAUAAAGGCAAAAGAUAUAGAGGGAGAAGAAGAGACGUAUGUGACUGAUAUGAAGGCAGAACAUAUUGCGGGAGAAGAAGAGACGUAUGUGACUGAUAUAAAGGCAGAAGAUAUAGAGGGAGAAGAAGAGACGUAUGUGACUGAUAUGAAGGCAGAAGAUAUAGAGGGAGAAGAAAAGACGUAUGUGACUGAUAUAAAGGCAGAAGAUGCAGAGGGAGAAGAAGAGACGUAUGUGAGGGGUGAUCAGCAGUGUAAGGAGGAGGAGAUCCCUACAGAUAUCAGCACAGCAGAUGGACACGCAAGCAGGAAUAUCACAGAAGGACAUCUAAUGUCAUCCCCGGAUUGUGACAUAAAAGAUAAUGACAGUAGACAGGAUUCUCCAGGAGAUAACCCCAUUACCCCAAUUAUACAUCCAGCUCUAUCAGCUGAUCCCUCUGAUCCUGGGAAAUGUUCUCCUGAUCACUCUGAUAUUGGUGCAUCUGUUACAGCUCUGACAGUAGAUACAGAGUUUCCAUGUUCUAUAGAUGCCAAAUGUUUUACACAGAACACAAAGCUUAUUAACCCACACACAGGUAAGCUAGGUGAAAGGCCACUGAUAUGUUCUGAGUGUGGGAAAUGUUUUACAUACAAAUCAGACCUUGUUAAACAUCAGAGAAGUCACACAGGUGAGAAGCCAUUUCCAUGUUCUGAGUGUGGGAAAUGUUUUACACUGAAAUCACAUCUUGUUACACAUCAUAGAAGUCACACAGGUGAGAAGCCAUUUCUAUGCUCUGAUUGUGGGAAAUGUUUUACCUGCAAAUCACAUCUUGUUACACAUCAACGAAGUCACACAGGUGAGAAGCCAUUUCCAUGUUCUGAGUGUGGGAAAUGUUUUACACUGAAUUCAUAUCUUGUUAUACAUAACAGAAGUCACACAGGUGAGAAACCAUUUUCUUGCUCUGAGUGUGGGAAAUGUUUUACACUGAAAUCACAUCUUGUUAUACAUAACAGAAGUCACACAGGUGAGAAACCAUUUUCUUGCUCUGAGUGUGGGAAAUGUUUUACCUGCAAAUCACAUCUUGUUUCACAUCAGCACAGUCACACAGGUGAGAAGCCAUUUCCUUGUUCUGAGUGUGGGAAAUGUUUUGCACACAAAUCAGCUCUUGUUAUACACCAGAGAAGUCACACAGGUGAGAAGUGGUUUUCUUGCUCUGAGUGCAGGAAAUGUUUUACACAGAAAUCACAACUUGUUACACAUCAGCAAAGUCACACAGGUGUAAGGCCAUUUCCAUGUUCUGAGUGUGGGAAAUGUUUUACACGAAAAUUACAACUUGUAAGACAUCAGAAAAGUCACAUAGAUGAGAAGCCAUUUUCUUGCUCUGAGUGUGGGAAAUGUUUUACAUGGAAAUCAGAACUUGUUCCACAUCAGCGAAGUCACAUAGGUGAGAAGCCAUUUUCUUGCUCUGUGUGCGGGAAAUGUUUUACACAAAAAUCACAUCUUGUUAUACAUCAGCGCAGUCACACAGGUGAGAGGCCAUUUCCAUGUUCUGAGUGUGGGAAAUGUUUUGCACACAAAUCAGCUCUUGUUAGACAUAACAGAAGUCACACAGGUGAGAAGCCAUUUUCUUGCUCUGAGUGCAGGAAAUGUUUUACACAGAAAUCACAACUUGUUACACAUCAGCAAAGUCACACAGGUGAGAGGCCAUUUCCAUGUUUUGAGUGUGGGAAAUGUUUUACACGGAAAUCACAACUUGUUACACAUCAGCGAAGUCACACAGGUGAGAGGCCAUUUCCAUGUUCUGAGUGUGGGAAAUGUUUUACACGGAAAUCACAACUUGUAACACAUCAGAUAAGUCACACAGGUGAGAAGCCAUUUUCUUGCUCUGUGUGCGGGAAAUGUUAUACACAAAAAUCAAAUCUUGUUAGACAUCAGCAAAGUCACACAGAUGAGAGGUCAUUUUCAUACUCUGAGAAAUAAAUCAGCUCUUUUUGCACACAGUAGACAUCACUCAGGUGAGGAACAAUUUUAAUCUUCUGAGGUAUACUCCUUGCCAUGCGUUGUUCUUCAAGUUUCUUAUCCUAUGUUUUUUGCAAUAUACAUACUACCACUGGGUGAAAUAAUCAGAUGUCAUGCCCUCAUCUACCACUGCUAUGCAGAUGACAUGUCUUUUGCCCCAGGUACUGAGAACCCAGUCCCAAUCCUAAAUGGUUGUCUAGCUGAGAUCCAGGUGUGGGUGAUGCCAGUUGGCUAUGACUCAGUCUUGGUGAAACAGGUCUUUAUGUUCGAAGCUCACCAACAAAGGGCAGGGCUACAGCUCAACUUUGCAAACCAACCGGGCUUGGGCGUUCAGAGUUACAGAAUGCUGAUCAUGUGCGGAAUCUUGGUGUCCUGGAUGGUGGAGUGACACUUAGACAUCAGUAUCUGCCACAAUCAGGUCCUCAUCUGACGAACAUAGCCAGACUCCAGCACGUAAUUCCCUCAGAAGAUCUACCUACAGUCAUACAUGUACUUGUAUCAUCACGCAUAGACUACUGCAAUGUCCUCUACCUGGGUCUCCCAGCAAAAGAGUUGCACCGGUUGUAGCUUGUACAGAAUGCAGCAGCCAGACUGUUACCUAACCAGCCCGUUCCUGCCACAUAACACCCACUCUGCUCCCUCCACCGGCUGCCUGUAAGAUGGUGACUCUAUUACAUAAUCUUACUGACUCUUCCAGCCCUACAUGACCAGGGUCCAUGGCACCAGAAGAAGCUUCUGCCUCCUUACUGCCCUGCUUUCUAACUUCCACCUGCAGAUGAAGGACUGUUACCAGCAGUACCAAGAAUCCCCAAGCAGUGCUGAGAUGUCAGAGGGGGAGACAAG